CCCGUGUGGGAUCAACCCUGAGACUGUCACGUGACUUCACGUGCGUCGGUGAGUUUGGGACAGAGAGCCGGUGUACUGGUUUCCAGGCUAACUGGUCUCCGUCCUCCAGCUGCCGGUUUACCUAACGGACUCUGCUUCAGCCACAGAUCCGACACCUUCACAGACUUCACGACGUUUCGGCUGACCAGGGCCUACUUGGUGAUGGGGGAGUCUCGGCUCAUUGUGGAGGAGCUGCUCGCUCUUUGUCUCCAGAGGAUCAACCUGGAGGAGACCUCCAUCAACACAGAGCAGGAGAUGGUGGAGGUUGUGAAGAACUUCGAGGUGGUGCGUAAACGUUGGCUUCAUGCUGAGUUGGAGCUGAAAAAAUUUAAAGAGCUGCUGGUGAAGUCGGAUGUGGCAAAGGCUGCUCUGGAGGUCAAACUGAAACAUGUCAGGAACCAGCUGGACGUAGAGAUGAAGAAACGCUACAAGGUGGAAGCAGACUACCAGUACCUGCAGAGGCAGAUGCAGCUCAUGUUUGAUAUCCUCGUCCACGACAGCAAAUCUAGCGCUGCGCUGAACGAGGAACAGAAGUCUCUGCUCGCCAUGUUUGAACACAAAGGCGGAAACACCACUCUGCACAGAAGCACCAAACGAUUAACAGUGAUUGAUGAGUCGUCUUUUCUGUCUCAUUCUGACAUCAGCUACGACCGCACCGAUGAUGACGUGGAUCUUGACACAACCGUGAUCAAACCUCUGAGAUCUCGAGUCCGAGAGAAGAGAGUAAGGCCCACCUUUACCUGUCCAUCCUCUUUCAUGCGCUCAUCGAUGGGGCCGCCUCUCAGUGUGUCGUUGGGGAAGCGUGGGCGGGGCGGGAACACUUCUGUGGAGCUGCUGGAGAGAAAAACUGUGGAGAAGGAGGUGGAGACGAUUGUGAAAGCAUCGGUGACAGCUCCAGAGUCUGGCAGCCUGAUCCACAUGGUGGUUGGAAUCACUCAGGAGACGCUGGAGAACCCAGAGAACCAAGAGAGCCUGACCCCAAAUGUAAACCAGGAGCAUGCGCUGUCACUGGGAGGAGCAGAUCAAACGUCAGUGUGGUUUCCUGAUGAGAUGAUGAUGGAACCUGAAAAUGAAGCUUGCACAGAUGACAGAUCAUCCUUCAUCUACAGGACGGAGAAGGCCCCAAAACAUGAGUUUCUUUCUAAAACGGUGAUCCGGCCAGAGACCUGCUCGCCAUGUGGAAAGAGGAUCCGCUUUGGGAAGAUGGCGGUUAAGUGUCGAAACUGCCGCAUGGUCGCUCAUCCAGAGUGCAAACAGAAAUUCACCAGUAGUUGUUCUGUCGCUAUGACGACAAGUUCAUCUCAACAGACUUUAAUUUUUCAGCAGAACUCAUUGGACGUAUUCGCUCCGUUGAAUCCUCCCAGAGUUCCUCAGCUAGUGGUUGACUGUGUGGCCGAGAUCGAGAGGAGGGGGCUCGAAGAGAGAGGAUUGUAUCGGGUUCCUGGAGGAGAACGUCUGGUGAAGGAGCUUCGAGAACGGUUCCUUCAGGGGAAAACCCCGCUCAUGUUUAGCAAAGUCUCUGAUGUCCACGUGCUCUGUGGUCUUUUGAAGGACUUUCUGAGGAACCUGAAGGAACCACUGCUCACCUUCAAGCUGCACAAAACCUUCAUGGAGGCUGCAGAGCUGUCUGAUGUUGACAACAGUAUUGCCGUCAUGUGUCAGGCCAUCGCAGAGCUGCCAAAGGCUAAUCGAGACACACUGGCUUUCCUCAUGCUUCAUUUACACAAGGUGAUGAGGAGUCCACACUGUCAGAUGGAUCUGAACAACUUGUCCCGCGUUUUUGGACCAACCAUCGUCGGACACAGGAUGUCUGAACCAUCUCCGACGACUAUCAUGAGAGACACAAACACUCAGCCCAAGGUCAUUGGUCGAUUAUUGACCCUUCCUGAACCCUACUGGAGGCGUGUCCUCUCUGAUCAGAUCUCCACCCACAGUCAGGACAGGGGACAAGGGCGAUUCUUUAAACCACUGACAUCUCCAGAGUUGAACAGCUGCUAUAAAAGCCCAGCCCAUGGAUCUCUGGAAAGCUGGACCAGAAACAUCUCAAACGUGGCGUCUCGGAGUCGAGCAGACCAAGGGAGGAGAUUUUUCACGUCACCCAGCUGAUCCUGUACCCAGAUCACCACACGUUUUUAUUUAUUGGAUCACAGGACUUGUAACCACUUUCAGCAAUAAAGAAGACAUAAGAACAACAACAGACAUGAUGUAAAGCUGCCUACAGAUCUACCAGACCCUAGUGCUUCUUUUCCCCUUCCUACCCAUGGCUGACCCUCGAACACCCCUAGACCUACCAUCCACCUCCCCUUGUUGCUUUUAAAAUCUUUGUGUGUGACAGAAGAGAGACUCAGAGAUUUUACUGGAGCAAGAACCUAAAAGACUCUGCAGUCAUGGCCCCUGGUACCAGAGCUAGAACAUUAAAAAAUAAUAAUGAUAAUUAAAAAUGUUAUGCUGUUUUGUAUGAACAAAAUUGUAAUUAAUAAGUACCUGCUGAAUAUUUUUGGAAUUUUUUGAGAAGAAAAAGCUUUAUAUUUUGUGAAUUAACAAUAAAGUGAG